AUGCAUUAUCAUACUUCAAUCCCUCCCAAGCCUCCCAAGCCUCUUAUGCCUCUUAUGCCUCCGUCUGCGCCUGCAUCAUCGCUGAUGCUGCAUCACGCUGGCAAUCUGUACUCGAGAGUCGAGUACGGGCAGCAGCCAAAUACCUACAAAACCCUCCUAGUACAACGCCACCCGCAUGAGGUCCUUCUACGCGAGUGCUUCCUCCUCGGAAAGGAGCCGCUUCCAAGAGACAGGGUCGAAAAAGGCCUUUGUAUUGAGGACUUUGUGUGGGCGCCCAAGCCAUACCCUUCGACCCAGAAACGAAAAGCUGUGGCGAUCCAUUGUGUCCGUAGGCAGCCCAAACACUGCCCGAUGGAGCUGCUAGCUGUUGCUGCCGUCGACUUUCUCUCUGGACAAGUUUUGAUAAACUUGCGCCUUGUGCCCAAUAUAGGCUGGAACGGCUCCUCUCGUAGCGAGAGCCUUCACGGCUGGAGAGAGGCACGCGCAAAUCUCUUCGAUUUUAUCGAUCAAGAUACCGUAAUUAUCGGGCACAAAGUUCAGGAUGAUUUGGAGAUACUACGUUUGCUUCAUAAGCAGAUUGUCGAUUCGCGAAUACUUGCCACGUCUGCCAUCUGCACGCCGCCAGCAAAGGGGCACGACUACAAACCGUAUUUGGAGAACGUUUGCAUGGACUUUCUUGGUAUCAAGCUCAGACAGGGUACGACUUGUCCUCUCGAAAAUGCAUUGGCGGCAAGAGAAAUCGUGUUGCACUGCAUCCGAUGGCCGAAAGAUCUAGAUAUCUGGGCCAAGGAAACGAAAAGCGGACUUUGGAAAGAAAGGGAGGAGAGAAUGCGCAGGAGAUUUGCGAAGAGGUCAAACCCCGUUGGAUUCUCAACUUUUCAUCCUGCUACUCAGAAAAACGCCAUGUCCAUCUGGAUAAACGGCAAAAAGCUAGAGUUGGGCGGUAAUGGCCCUGCCGCUGCCUUUGACGAGGAAUAUCAGAACGGCUAUCAGGAUGCCUACGAAGCAGGAUUCGCAAACGGCUUCAAGGUUGGAUACAAGAGGCGCUAUGAACAAGCAAACGCGUCGGGGGAUUAUACUGAGAUGGAGCAAGCGGCUCCGGCGGCGAAACGACAAAAGACUCAUGAGUCAAUCCGAGACGCAGACGAAAGCGAAAAUCCAAACAACCACGGCGCGAAUGCGAGCCAAGAGAACAAUACCAAGACAAUUCAAGUGGCAAGAGCUAGAAGUCUGUUGGCGCACUUGAUGAAGGAUGCAAAGAUUACGGAAAUCAUCCAGAUGCUGAAUCAAACACAAGGAGAGACGAGAAUAGCGCGCGAAGCAACCAGGUAUCAGACAGGCAGUACACAUGUUGCCGCCGAUUGUUAA